AUGGCCCAAGUGAAAUUGAUGGAGACAAACACGGGUUUUCACAAGCAAGCGAAGAGCAAGCUGACACCAAACCGGUCCUUGAAGGAGAAGAGAGCGAGAUUAUACAUAAUUAGGCGAUGCCUCGUCAUGCUGCUCUGUUGGAGAGAGCCUCGUGAUUAAGAAGCCCUAUUUUCAAGGAGAAGUAUAGGUGAGUGUAUAAUGAAACUCCAUAUCAUCAGUGUUUCAGAAAGAGGAAAGAAAACGAAUUAAUCAUUGCUCUGAUGGAGAAACCUUAUAAAGUUGUUCAGAUCAAACGGAAAGGUGACUGCACCCUGAAUCAACAAAACAUCAUGUCAAUGCAGAUGCUACACAAAUCGGAUCAUUAAGAAAUCCAUAGAAUGAGGACAAAGGAAG